AUGGCGUCUGAGUCCAUCGCUACUGGUACUGUCGGCACUGUGUCUGGUGCUGGCGUUGAGGAGAAAAAGCAGCAACCCUCCCCCAUGGACAUGUUGCUGGAUCGAAAAGAUAUUUGGGUGGGGCAGAUCCUGCCGUGCCUCGGUAUGGGACACUAUGCUUUUGUUGGGGCUGUCGACAAGAGAAUGAACCAUCUGUACAAGGAGUACUGUGAUACAGUGAAAAAUCCUCCCGUUGUGAAAAAUGGAGAAAAGUAUCAUCAGAAGCGCGCAGCAACCAGCACAGACACAUUCUACGGAAACACAUUUUGCAAUUUGUCAUGUACCAAACACUGGCAUGCCGACAAGUCCGAGGAGAAGACUCCCAGAGAUUGCCAAGUCUCCACCAAAAUUGCUAGAGUUGGAAGUCUAGCAGUUCUUCAAUGGGCGCAUGAAAAUGGAUAUACAUGGAAUCAAUUGACAUGUAAGGCUGCUGCUCGACAUGGACAUUUGGAAGUUCUCAAAUGGGCCAGAGACAAGGAGUGCCCUUGGAAUGAACAAAGCUGCAUCACGAUCGCAGCUGCUAGUGGCCAUUUGGAAGUUGUACAGUGGAUCUUUGAAAUCGGAUUCCAAGAUGGAGAUGCCUGUCCAAAUAGUUUGGCAUGUAAACGCGCUGCCGGAGGAGGUCAUUUGGACAUUUUGAAAUGGUUACAUGAAAAUGGAUGCUGUUUGACGGAAUGGACAUGUGCAGAGGCUGCCAGCAAUGGGCACCUACAUUGUCUGAAAUAUGCUCGAGAAAAUGGGUGUAGCUGGGACACAGAGACAUGCAAAGAAGCUGCCAAGAACGGGCACCUGGAAGUUCUAACAUGGGCUCGUGAAAAUGGGUGUCCAUGGAAUGCAUCAACAUGUCGAGAAGCUGCUCUAAAUGGACAUGUGGAAAUUUUGAAGUGUGCUCGAGAACUUGGUUGUCCAUGGGAUGAGCGCACCUGUGCAGCUGCUGCUGGCCAUGGACAUUUGGAAACUUUGAAGUGGGCUCGUGAAAAUGGGUGUCCAUGGGACACAUACACGUGUUCCGGUGCUGCUGAAGGUGGACAUUUGAAAAUACUGCAGUGGGCUCGUGAAAAUGGUUGUCCAUGGGACACAUUCACAUGUGAGACCGCUGCUGAAUGUGGACAUUUGGAGAUUUUAAAGUGGGCUCGUGAAAAUGGGUGUCCAUGGGAUGAACAGACAUUUAGAGCUGCUGGGCUAAGCGAGAGUGGCAACAACAGUGCAGUGAUCCAGUGGCUACGCGACAAUGGCUGCCCUGGGUCUCAUGAAGAUGAUGAAGGACACUAA